GCCCGGUAGCCUAGAAAAGCGGGGCUGGACGGCGGGGGCUGCUCGGAGACAGCGACGGCUUCACCCCCUUGUCCCCCGCCACACACCGACCAUGAAGAACCCGGUGCCACAGGCGGCCUCGCUGCUGCUGGAGAAGCUGCUACUCCUCGUCCACGUCCGGCCUCUGCCCGCCGACUCCGGCGGGGAGCCCUCAGCUCCGGCGGCCCCUGGCUACUACGACAUCAGCUGCUUUAAGCGGGGCGACCUGCUGGAGGUGCCCCGCACCCUGUUCAUCCACUUCGGCAUCUACUUGGGGGAGAACCGCGUCGCUCACCUGAUGCCCGACAUCCUGCCCGCCUUCACCGGCGACCGGCGGCAGAUCCAGCAGGUGGUGACCAACAAGCGGCUCAUCCUGGGUGUCAUUGCCAAGAUGGCCAGCAUCCGCGUGGACACGGUGGAGGACUUCGCGUACGGCGGCAGCAUCCUGGUCAACCACAUGGACCGGCUCUUCAAAGACCAGGUGCUGGGCAGCGAGGAGGCGGCCCGUCGGGCGGAGAAGCUGGUGGGCGCCACGGCCUACAGCUUGCUCUGGAACAACUGCGAGCACUUCGUCACCUACUGCCGAUACGGAUCCCCGGUCAGCUUCCAGACCGACAAGUUCUGUGAGACUGUGAAGAUGAUUAUUCGGGACCAGAGGAGCGUUCUUGCUUCAAUGCUCGUGGGAUUAGCAUCAAUAGUCUGCCUAGGCUUGGCACCCUCCACCACGCUCCCCACUAUCUUCGUUCCCUUCUUUCUGUGGAUGGCUGGCUAGCAGCAUCCCUGGGGGCUUGUGGCCAGCGUCUGUAUAUAGGAUGUACACUACUGUAUUUAUGGCAGCACAGAUUACUCACUGGUGUCGCAUAAAGUUUCUUAACCUUGUGUGCAAUUUUUAAAUAGAACUUUAAAUACAAGACAGUACACAAGGCAUAGCUUACUGUGUAAGCCAAGUAAUAGAUUUCCUGAAAAUCUCAGCUGGUACAUUUUAACACACCUUUUAAUCAUGAAAAAAGUAGGGUUGUGAUGCAGUUCUGCUCCUUGCCUUUAGCCAUCAGUGAUUCUGGCAAUAUUCUUCAUGUUCUUUUCUUAGCUGUAUACCUGGGUGAUGUUACUAUUAAUUAAUAAAAAUGUAUAAUGGCAUAUCAUAAAGUGAUGGGUACUGAGAACAAACUGCUUACCUCUCCCUUUGAUACGAGAGAGUUUAUAAUCAGAAGUUACUGCCUCCAUUCCUAAAAUACCCUUUAGUGGAGAAACAAGUAAGCUGACUGAUAGCAGUGAAAUAAAACCAACUCUAGGCUGAGUCCUGUGUGCUACAGUAGCACAUCUGGCCAGAUUUGCUACAGUCCUUGGAGUUGCUUUCUGGGAAAUGCUUACAAAUCUCUCAUUCAUAUUAAUUAGGCGAACACUUUUUACUUUAUUGAACAACUUUUUGAUUGGGAUAGAGGUAAGGAAAGAUGUCAAUUCCUCAGCAUUUUCCUUGCUACUGAUAGUGGUUAGUAUGGCUAAUAUAAAUGGUUAUAGGGGGAUUUAGGGGAUACAGGAAGAAACUAGCUUUGCUUUAUGACAACUAAUGACAUAAAAACAUCAGAAAUCUCCAGUGUUACAGGGCACAUGGUGGUGAGGAGGACAGACACCAGUUUAGUUCCUCAGCGAUGGAACCCAUGUGGGUGCUAUCAUGCAUCAGGGAUCAGUUUCUGUGGUGGCUGCACUGUCAUUUUAACUAUUGCCUUAUAGCAAGAUGCCUCUCUGUGAAAGAUGACAUGUCCUUUUAUACUCAUCUCUUGCAAAUAAGUAUUCAUUUGCAAGCCAGCAGUCGGUGCUAAAAACAUUUUGUCUUCAACGUCGAGGCUUUUUUGUUUAACAAGAACGCGUAAAGUCAGAUUUCAAAUCAAGUUUAUCCAACCAAUUGUUUGAGUGCUAAAAACCUUUUCUAUUUUUUCUUAGCUAUAUUUUGAUGUAUGCAGAGAAAUGUCCAUCUCCUGGAGUGCCUUGCAUGAGAUACAUACACUUACAAGUUUGCUCGCUAUGCUUGCCUUCCUUUCUAGUCCAAGGCAAGUAAGGUUAUGUCUUCACCAAGGACUGAACCUCAGAUUUACUUUGUCCUAUGAGUUUCCUGUCAUCAGCUCUGCUACUGAAGUGGCCGCAUUACCUCAUCUUUAGAGUGAGGCUCAUUUUAACUGUGCUAUACAUCCCCUUCUCCUUCCCAUAGACCUUACAGCUCUUUGAAGAUUGGAUUCUUGAACUGUGAGUCUACUUGGCUGCUCUCUAAUCAUCUUUAUUCUGGUUGCUCCACUAUAACUGAUGAAGAAUGUAAAGACUGAGGUGAAAUUCCAGGCUCAUAAGAAAACCAGCAUGAAUGCUGCUGCCAUCAACCGAGAAGGGAUUUCAGCCCAGCUUUCACUACAUGUUCAGGCUGCUGCCGAGCCCCAAAGCAACUGGAUAUCAAUUACUGCUGGAUCCUUGUACACAACUUCUGUUCUUCUUUCAACAAUUGCAAUGCUCCAUGUAACUGUUUCUGGUAAACUUUUAAAAUUAAGGUGUUUUUUAAUUAACAUGGAUUGCUUUUUCAUAGUGUAUGCAUUAGUGUUAUUUACAUAAAUUCCAGUGUGGUUUUUUUACUUGC